AUGCAACAAGAUAAUGAACGGGAAGAAAAUAAAGAAAACAAAGAAGAAAUGCAAGUCCUCCCUUCUGGACAUGAACCAACCACAACCCUUUACAUUAAAAAUUUUGUUCGUCCUUUAACACUUGCAAAAGUACGUGAACUUUUAGAGCAAUAUGGCCAAAUCGAAUUUUUCUGGAUGGAUAAGAUUAAAUCUCAUUGUUAUGUAAAGUCGCUUUGGGAUGUUGUGUUCCCACCUGAAACUGGUAGGAAACUUGAGUUGGAAUUUAUAGAUUUUGACAAAGCAGAGGAGUUAAUUGCAGGAGAAGAAAAUAAAGUAUCAAAUUCAAAUACAAAACCAAAUUUGUCAAACUCACGGGAUACACAAAGAUCUGAAAGAAAAAAAUCUAAUGGAAAUAAUGAAACUGCUCCUAAUGUAAAAAUAGUUUCAUUAGAUUCACUAUUUUCAAAAACAAAAACUACUCCUCAUCUAUACUAUAAACCUGUGUCAUCAGAAGAUGCACAAUCAAGGCUUAAAGUUAUGGAAAGAAGAAGAAAUAGGGGACACUCUUAG